UCGAUUUUUGUGGGUCUAUACCAUUGUCUUUUUUGAAAUUAGGGAGUUAAAACAGUUCGAGAGAGAGAAAGGUUUGGAUUGAUGGGUUCGAGUGACGAAAAUGGUUUUUCGAGUUUGGAAUACCAGUCUGGUUUUGGUAAUGUUUUUUCGUCUGAAGCAAUGGGGGGAGCGUUGCCUCGUGAUCAGAACAGCCCUCUCCUCUGCCCUUUCGGACUUUACGCUGAGCAGAUCUCUGGAACUGCUUUUACAGCACCUCGCAAGCUUAACCAGAGGAGUUGGUUGUAUCGGAUCAAACCAUCUGUGACUCACGAACCAUUCCAUCCUCGGGUUCCUACACACGCACAUCUGGUUAGUGAAUUCAAUCAAUCUUCGAGCUCUGCUACUCCAACUCAACUGCGAUGGAAGCCUGCUGACGUUCCAGAGUCACCAACUGAUUUUAUUGAUGGGCUAUACACAAUAUGUGGGGCCGGAAGCUCUUUCCUUAGGCAUGGAUAUGCUGUUCAUAUGUAUGCUGCAAACAAAUCGAUGGACAGUUGUGCAUUCUGUAGUGCUGAUGGUGACUUUCUGAUAGUUCCUCAGAAAGGAAGGUUGUGGCUCACAACAGAGUGUGGAAGACUACAAAUUUGUCCUGGUGAAAUAGUUGUUCUACCACAAGGAUUUCGUUUCUCGGUUGACCUUCCAGAUGGCCCAUCGCGUGGUUAUGUAGCAGAGGUGUUUGGUACCCAUUUUCAACUCCCUGAACUCGGGCCAAUUGGGGCAAAUGGUCUUGCUGCCUCAAGAGAUUUUUUGGUUCCUACAGCAUUCUUUGAAGAGGAACAUCAUCCAGGUUACACCAUUGUGCAAAAGUUUGGUGGUGAACUGUUUACCGCAAAGCAAGACUUUUCUCCCUUCAAUGUGGUUGCUUGGCAUGGAAAUUAUGUGCCUUACAAGUAUGAUCUGAGUAAGUUCUGCCCCUUCAAUACUGUUUUGUUUGAUCAUGGUGAUCCUUCAGUGAACACAGUACUAACGGCACCAUCUGAGAAGCCUGGCGUGGCCUUAGUUGAUUUUGUCAUUUUCCCUCCUCGUUGGUUGGUGGCUGAGCAUACCUUUCGCCCUCCUUAUUAUCAUCGCAAUUGUAUGAGUGAAUUUAUGGGCCUAAUUUAUGGCGGAUAUGAGGCAAAGAAGGACGGGUUUCUUCCUGGAGGUGCAAGCUUGCAUAGUUGCAUGACUCCUCAUGGGCCUGAUACCAAAACCUUUGAGGCGACAGUGUCAUGUGAAAAGAGUUCUGAGCCAUUCAGAAUAGCGGACACAAUGGCAUUCAUGUUUGAAUCGUGCUUGAUUCCUCGCAUCUGUCCUUGGGCUCUCGAGUCUCCAGACCUGGAUCCUGAUUACUACAAGUGUUGGGUUGGCCUUAAAUCUCACUUCUUAAGGAAGGAGGUGACACAAUACGUGCAAAAGAUUAACCUGAGUGAUGGAAGAAACGCAUUCUCGAGCAACAGAGGCAACGAUCAUUCCUGAAAACUCUCUCUCACUCACUCACUCUCUCUUUAUAUAUAUAUAUAUAUAUAAUAAAAAAAAGAGAGAGAGAGAGAAUCCAUGUGAAUAUUUUAUUUCUAUCUUCUUGUAAGAAUCCAACCUGUAAAUAAUAGUAAUACAACUUGCAAAUAAAGUUUUCAGGCAUCAGCAGAAUCGAACUUGAAA